AUGUCAACAUUACAGGAGCUUAUUAAUAACAAAAAUCUGGUUAUUAUUUCUGCAGACAAAGGUGGUGCUGUGGUAGUCAUGAAUUGGACACAAUAUGAUGCUGAGGCACACAGACAGAUGGAGGAUGCCAGAUAUUACACCAAAAUGCCUCUGGAUUCAACACCUAUGUUUAAACAACAGAUAGACAAAUUUUUGGAUUCGGCAGUUGAAAAUGGCAUUAUUACAUCAAAUAUAAAAAGUAAUUUCACUAUAUCUGAUCCUAAUAGCCAAUAUAUCUAUUUUCUAUCCAAAAUUCACAAAGAUCCUUUGCAUCCUCCGGGUAGGCCAAUUGUGGCAGGGAUCAUGAACAGAGAUUACGAAAUGAUUUCUAACAGCAAUGGUAACAGUAUUGAUCAUUUUAAUGUCACUGGUACUGCGACAAGUAUAGCUGCUAACAGGAUCUCUUACUGCUUCAAUCUGACCGGACCCUCUCUUGCCAUUGAUACUGCAUGUUCUUCAUCUCUAGUUGCAUUACAUUAUGCCUGCCAUGCAAUUAAACAAGGAGACUGUGAAAUGGCUGUGUGUGGAGGUGUCAGCUGUAUCAUUGAACCCUGUAUCUAUGUAGCUCUGAGUAAAGCAAAAAUGAUUUCACCUGAUGGACUGAGCAAACCAUUUUCUAAGAAGGCUAAUGGAUAUGGAAGAGGAGAGGGAUGCGGUAUUCUUCUACUUAAACCCUUAAAAAUGGCAAUUGAAGACCACAACAAGAUAUGGGGAGUUGUACUAAAAAGUGCAAUUAAUCAGGAUGGCAGAUCAGUAAAUCCAAUUACCAGACCAUCACAAAUACAACAGGAGGAACUUCUGAAGGCAAUUUAUUCAGGUUUCAUUGACUCCUCACAGAUACAGUAUAUUGAAGCUCAUGGCACGGGGACAGCUAUUGGAGAUCCUACAGAAGCAAGAAGCAUUGGAAACAUUCUUGGGAGAACUAGGAGACCACAACUUCCUUCCCUUGUAUUGGGUUCAGUUAAAGGAAACAUUGGCCAUACUGAAUCUGCAGCUGGAGUGGCAGGCCUAAUUAAAGUGGUUUUGAUGAUGCACUAUGAAACAAUUGUCCCUUCCUUACACUAUUCUACAGAAAAUGACAACAUAAAUGCUAGUUCUCUAAAUCUCAGGGUUUCAACUAGUGUAGAAAGAUGGGAGGACUCAAAAUCUGGCAGAAUGGCUUCUGUGAACAGCUUUGGAUUUGGGGGCACCAAUGCUCAUGUAGUGGUAAAGCAGUACAAACAAAUGCUAGUCCACAAAACUAUGGAAAGGUCCCAUGAGCUAUUUGUAAUUUCUGCUGCAUCAAAGAAAUCACUUGAAACAAUGAUGAACAAAACAGCUGAAUGGAUAACUAAAAGAUCAGCUUCCACUACACUGGCGCAUCUGACAUACACUUCAGCAUGCAGACGAAGUCAUAGAAAUCACAGCUAUAGAAAAGCAUUUGUAGCUUCUUCCCUUAAUAAUUUACAGUUUAAUCUUAAUUCAGCAUCUGCCUCUAAAAGUGUGCAAGGAAGAAGAGAUUUACAGCUCAUAUUUCUGUUUUGUGGUAAUGGUGCCACAUACAAAGGAAUGUGCAAACAUCUGAUUAAAGAUGAACCUGUAUUUAGAGACAAAGUUAAGGAAAUCCAACAUGAAAUGCAAAAAUAUACUCAAUUUGCUCUUUUAGACAUUUUAGAAAAUGGUUGUGAUAAUUUUUCUAAACCAGGUAUUGGACAACCACUUAUCUUUGCUGUCCAGGUAGCAAUCGUGUCUCUGUUAAAACAUUGGGGAAUUAAACCUGUGGCUGUUAUUGGACAUUCACUUGGAGAGGUAGCAGCUGCUCACUGUUCUGGAUUAUUAGACCUUAAAGAUGCUGUCCAUGUUGUGUACCAUAGAAGUGCACUGCAGUCAAAAGUCACAGGAGGGAAAAUGUUAGUGGUUGGCAAUGUUCCUGUUAAAGAUGUAUCUGACAUGAUCAGUUCUUAUGACUGGGAUGUGUCAAUUGCAGCUUUUAAUAGUCCUUUGUCUUGCACUGUGUCAGGAGAUGCUGGUGCAAUAGAACAUUUUCAACAAGAAUUAGCUAGAUGCUUUAGCAAACAGAAUCCAUUUCUUCAUAUUCUAGAUACACCAGCUGCCUAUCACAGUCAUAUGAUGGACUGCAUUUUGCCACAGGUGAAACAAAACAUAGGAAAUCUUCAUCCAAGGAAGUUAGAAUCAGAAUUAUUUUCAACAGUGAGUGGCAGGGAGGCUUCUGAUAAUGAUUUCAUAACGGGCACAUAUUGGAGCAAGAAUGUUAGGGAGCCAGUAGCCUUUGAACAAGCCAUAAAAUCUGCAAUCCGUGGAAAAAAGAAUAUAGUGUUUGUUGAAAUAGGACCAAAGAGAGUCUUGCAGAAAAAUGUAGUAGAGACUGUAGGGAAAGAUGCUUUAGUUUUUCCGUCUUGUCUGCCAGACAAGGAUAAGGAAACAAUACUUGCCCUUGUAGGACAACUGUUUGAAUUAGGCUAUAAUCCUACAUGGCAUCAUUUAUGGGUAGGCUAUGAAAAUGUACCAGCUCCUUAUCCAAUGUAUUACUUUGACCGGACUAAACAACUGGUAGAUGAUAAACUGCCAAAACAAGGACACUCAGUUGUAACAGAUUCCCACCAUCCACUUAUUGUAAGUGCUAGCAAGGACUAUAAGGAAUUUGUUUGUGUGAUAUCUCAUUCAAAAACACCAUACAUUUAUGAACACAUGAAUAAUGGUGUUAGUAUUGUUCCUGGGACAUUUCAUGUUGAGCUUGGUAUAGCUGCUGUGAUGAGAAGCCUAAAACCAAAAAUUCCUCUCAGGAUGUGCCAGGUUACAGUUAGGUUUUCUAGACCCUGUAUAGUUAACCAAACUUCAAAUGAGCUUAAGAUCACCUUAUAUUCACAGGAAGGGGCAGAUACAUUUAGUGUAACAUCUGGUGCUGCAGCUUAUGCGACGGGACAGGUCAAGCAGCGUAAUAAUGAUGUUACUGAAGAAUGCAAUAUUGCAAUAGAACUUAUCUUCCAAAGGUGUAGGACACUCAUAACAGGAGAUGAAAUCUAUGAUAAGCUUUCCAAAGUUGGAUUUCAUUAUGGACCUGUUUUCAGGCAACUUAGAAAUGUUUUUUUUGGUGAUGAACUGAAAGAAGCAAUUGCAGUCAUUAGGGUGCCUGAAAAGAUCAUAAAUGAAUUACAUGAGUAUCAUAUUCAUCCUAUUGUACUGGAUUAUUUUUUACAAAUGAUGGCUGUUGUGACAUCAAAAAUUCAUAUAUCCAGAGUAGGGUUUCCAUCAGGAAUAGACUGCCUCAUCAUGUCUCAACCUCUACAAAAGGAAAUGAUAAUGUACAUGAGAGCAACUAAAAUCACUUCAGAUUCUGUAGAAAUCUGUGGAUGUUUUGCUGACAGAAAUGGAUACAUUUUGGUGGAACUUAAACACGUCCGAUUUAUGUUUCUGAAAAGUAAUCAUUCAGCAGUGGAUACACUUUUUUUUCACAAUGAGUGGAAUGAAAUUCUCCAGUCAACAGCAUCUGAUGUUCCUGCGAUGUCACAUAGAAUAUUACUUUUUGCUGAUAAUUAUGGUAUUGCUAGUAGCUUAAUGAAACAUCUUGAUAAAAAUGCCUUGUAUGUCAAAUACAUGGACCCAGAGAUGGUACUGAAAGAAGGUGUUAAAAAACUGUUGCUACAUGCUGGCAUCCUAGCAAGUGUUGAAAACUGUGAAGAUAUUGUAUUUAUGUGGGGUCUCGAGAAACAUAAUGAUCUAGACUCAUAUAGAUUAGUUCGACACCUGUCUGGUAUUUGUGAAAUUUACAGGCAGCUUGUUCUGUUGGUAGCUGAGAUAAAAUCUACAUGUUCCAUUAGAACUAUUACCUACAGAACAGCUGACAGAAUAGUGGAUCACAUUAAUGUGGGGUUUGCACUGAUUGGAAUGAUUAGAUCUUGUACAGCAGAAAUUCCAGCGCUAAUGUUUCAAUUAAUUGAUUUGGGAUCUGACAGCACUGCGAAUAUAAAGGCUUUAGCACAGGUUCUUAUUACUUACAAGGCACAAAAAUAUCCAGAAAUUAUGAUUAAUCAAGGAAAGAUUUAUGCUAGUGAAAUCUCACGCACAAAGUUCAACAAAGAAAAAUCAGCAAACCACUUUGGCUCAAUUAACUCAGUUAAAAAAGAUAAUUUUAUAAUCAAAACUGCCAAUGCUUACAAAAUUGUUGACCUAUGUGCUGAACCAGUAACAUGUGAGACUAAUGAACUUUGUAAUGGCUUUGUUGAAAUUGAAGUUGACAAGAUAUGCAUUCACUCUGGAGACUAUUUUCCCAUUAGUAUUUCUGAGCUGCAGUUUGGCCAUUCAUUGUACUGGAAUGAAAAUGUAGUGGAAAAACACAAACUUCUUGCCUUAGAUUUCAGUGGUACAGUUACCAAAGUUGGGAGCAGUGUUAAAGGAUUAAAAGUUGGGGAUCACAUUGCAUGCUGCUAUCCAGAACUUGCAUCUUUCAGACUUAAAGUUCCUGAAGCUGUUUGCUACAACACCAGGAAACUUCCUUGCCUCAGGUAUACGCCUUCUCUUUCAUAUUUCAUUUUAGGAUGGGAAAUGUUACACAAGAGUUUACCAAAAGCACAUCAUGGUGAAAUUUUAACUAUUGUUUCCACUACGCCUGACAGUACAUUCAUCAAAGUGCUGACAAUGAUGGCGAAAGAGUCUGGCUGGCAGCCAUCUUCAAUAACAAAUUCCAAUGUUCUGCAUGAUAACACGGUGUGUAGUGUUGCUGUUAUUCUUCUUCCACCAUUUGAUGACACUGUUUUGGAUAAUAUAUAUUCCAGUGACAUGGUAAAGCAUGUAAUUCUUGUAUGUGGCAACAAAACAAACAUUAAGUUUCCUCAAAAUUUACUAAAGAAAAGUGAAGCUCAGAUUCACAUUCUUCAUGUCAUUCAUGUAUUGCAGAAACCAUACCUUAAGCAUAUAAAGCAAUCCAUUUACAAAUGGAUUAUGUCAACAGGUAUUGGGAAAAGCUUGAGUUUGCCAAGUAAUGUUUUUCAGCAAAGAAAUGGAAUCCAUGGGCAUAUGUGGUCAGUGAAUCCAGUGCCAUACUUUAAUUGUAACUCUGUUUCAAUGGCAAUACUAAAGCAAAAUGACUCAAAACACAGUCUUUCAGUUAUACCAGUAUGUACAACAGAGUGGUGCUUGUUUCAGUCUAAUGCUGCUUACAUUGUAACAGGGGGGCUUUCAGGUCUUGGGUUUGAAACUGUGAAGUUCAUUGCCCAGCAUGGAGGUGGCUGUAUUAUUAUUUUGUCCAGGAGUUCUCCAUCAGCUGAAAAAUUACAGGAGAUAGCAAACAUUGAAAGCCAAUAUAAAGGUACCAGGGUAGCUAGUUUGAAGUGUGAUGUUGGAUGUCAAACAGAUGUAGAAAAAGCAAUCACUUUAAUUUGUAAAACAUUCCCUAAGUCACCAGUUAAAGGUGUGUUUCACAGUGCUGUUGUUUUACAUGAUGGACUUCUUCCAACUCUUAACAGAUCUCUGUUUGAAAAGGUGUUCUUACCUAAGGUUGCAGGGGCGAUGAAUUUGCACAAUGCCACUAAAGGCUUCCAGCUGGACUACUUUGUUUGCUUUUCAUCAAUUACCUCCUUUAUUGGAAAUUCAGCCCAAACAAACUAUGCUGCUGCUAAUUCUUUUCUUGAUAUUUUUUGUCACUAUAGACGUCACUGUGGGCUUGCUGCACAGUCUAUAAAUUGGGGUGCUCUAAAUGUAGGGCUGUUAUUUAACAAAAGCAAUUUUCAAGCUUUUCUAGAAUCCAAAGGCUUGAACGUUAUGGAGAUUACAGAGAUCUAUGAUUGCCUUGAAGCCAGUUUAGUACAAAAUAAUCCACAACAAGUGGCAUGCAAGUUCAACUUCACAAAAAUGUAUAAUUAUGUUCUUUCACAAAAUGUAGCACUUAGGAAAAGGUUAUAUAAAGUGAUGAGAGAAGAAAUUAAUGCAAAUAAAAUUCAACAUGAGGAAAAAAAACACUUUUCCUCAACUAUUAAACCCGAAAAGUACAUCAACUCAUUGUUGUGCAAAGUCAGCAAUGUACAACCAGAGGAUUUGAAUACAAACGCCCCACUUUCUGCAUUUGGAAUUGACUCCAUGUUAGCUAUGACACUGCAAAAUUCGAUUUAUGAGGAAACAAAUGUGAAUAUUCCUCUUGUCAAAAUUCUUGAUCCCAGUGCAACUGUAUCUACCUUAGUUGAACUUCUGAAGGAAAAUAACAUUGCUGACUUUCAAACUGAUGGUUCAGCAGUAAUGAAAAGCCCUUCUGAAAACAGUAUUGUGGAGUAAGCUUGGCUAUAAGAAUUUAGUAUUUAUUUUCUAUCAUAUUUUUGUAUUAAUUGCACAUCUUUUCAAUAUCUUUGAUAAUGGUGAUAGGUCAAGAUUUCAGUGAUAUUGCAUUUCCUUUAAGAAGUGAACUUAUUUUCAGCAUCUGUACUAAUGAUAACUUAAUAACUAAGGCAACCGAAUCACUGCAGGUAUACCAUGGAAUGAAAGCAAUUCAAUGUUCGACAAGCUGUUGAAGUUAUUAUAAGCUGUAAAGGUAAUAAACAAAGUGAAAGAUUCAUGUGUUUAUACAUAAAAUAUGCACACUGUGAAA